AGAUACCAGAGGCCGUGUGCGCUCUGUGGUUGGCUGCGGCUCUCCUGGCCAUUACGUUAUGCUUACUCCACACACACAGGCAGCUGGAGAGAGGGAAGACGUAAUUGUUUGAUUCCCUGUGCACUUGCGAUGGUCGUCGUCCUGACAUUACUCGGCAGAUUCCUCAAACGGGAGGCGCAAUGAAGGCGGGGGCAUCGUCCAUGUGGGCGUCAUGCUGUGGGCUGCUGAACGAGGUGAUGGGCACGGGCACGGUGCGGGCUCAGCAGCCGGGGUUCGGAGCGGGGGCGGGGCCCUUCCGCUUCGCCCCCAGUGCUGGGUACUCCACCUACCCCCCCACCAGCUCAGGGAGCGCCGGACAGCUGUGCAAGGCCUGCGGACUGGCCUUCUCGGUCUUCAGACGCAAGCACAUCUGCUGUGAUUGUAAGAAGAGUUUCUGCGCCCUGUGCUCGGUGCUUCAGGAGGACCUGCGCUGCUGCAUGACCUGCCACCUGCUGCGCGGCACAGCCUUCCAGAGGCCCCGGCUCAUGCAGCUCCGAGUGAAAGACCUGCGGCAGUACCUGCUGCUGCGCAACAUCCCCACCGACACAUGCAGGGAGAAAGAGGACCUGGUGGACCUGGUCCUCUGUCAUCAGGGGACAAGGGAAACCCCAAGACCAGUGGUGGAGGAGGAGGACGAAGAGGAGGAAGACGACGAAGAAGAAGAAGAAGAAGAAGAAGAAGAGAGGGAGGGAGAUCAGGAUGAAGGGGGAGAUGACACAGACAGCCUGCACUCUCUCCCACACUCGCGUGCUGCCUCCCCGCCCUCCGCCACGCGCUCCACCUCCGAACAGUCGGUCCUCUCCGCCUCUCAGGGAGACGUGCUCAGCCCAAGUGACAGCUCAGGGACCACCAGCCAGGAGCAUGAGGACACUCCAACGGCGUCCCUCUUGAACCUGGAGCCCACUGAAAAUAUCUUGGAGGUCAGUCCGGCGACACAGAGGAGGAUCAGGGCCUCGCUGUCUGAUCUGGACAAUGAAGCGGCGAUAGAAAACCUGUCCGUCCGCCAGCUGAAAGAGAUUCUCGCCAGGAACUUUGUCAAUUACUCUGGCUGCUGCGAGAAGUGGGAGCUUCUGGAGCGAGUGCAUCGCCUCUACAGAGAGAAUGAGCAGAACAGGAAGUCCAUGGAAAACGUGAGCAUAACGGCAGUGGUUGCAUAUCCUCCACCUCUCUGCAACAGUGGAGUUGGAGAUGGUGUCAGAGCUCAGCUGGCGGCUGAUGAAAACUUGUGUCGCAUCUGCAUGGAUGCCAUCAUUGACUGCGUGCUGCUGGAAUGUGGUCACAUGGUAACCUGCACCAAAUGUGGAAAGAGAAUGAGCGAGUGCCCAAUUUGCAGACAGUACGUAGUGCGGGCCGUGCACGUCUUCAAGUCCUGAAACUCUGCGCGUGGGCGUCAGAGCGGCCCCUCAGCGAGCACGUGGCCCGGGCCCCGAACUCCUGUGCAUGACGUCUCGCGGGGCCUAAUGCUGCAGCAGGCAUGAGCAACUUCCCGGUCUUUGAAACCAGACUGUUGCUUCUUGCCUACCACGGUUUGUCCCCCCAACCCCCCACCCUCCUCCUCCUCCUUUACUAACUCAUGUUCCAGUCCCACUUCUCCUCCCUGAUGGACCAUCAUCAGCUGCACUGGAACUCACUCAGUCCUCCUCUCUUUGGUUUGUUAAACUCACAACAGAAACCCCUGCCAUCACUUUCUACUCUCUAUUCUCUGUUUAGGUUUUACUCACAGGAGAGGAGAGGAGAUGGUCUCGUGGAUACUUGAAGCGGAUCGGAUUGUUCAGUUGGAUGAAAAAUAUAAGAUCCCAGGGUUAGAGUCGAUAUGGUUUACACAAGUCAUGCCACAUGACACCGUGUUGUCUCCCUCAGUGUUCUUUAGGAUGUGCAAUAUCAGAAGAAAAAGAGCCUUUUUUUUAGAAAAUGGCUAUUUGUUAAUUCAAACACCACACGCACCAAGUCAUCUUGUCUCACACACAGGAGGGUGUAAGGUGCCAAACGUCAUGCCUUCGAUUGGUAUUUGGUUAACAUUUCACAGUAUAUGCAUCUCAUAACCAGCAAGCUUGGUGUGAUAGACAACUUUUUUUUAUGUUUCAGAGCACAUACUGUGGAAAGUGAGUGAUUUUCUCAUCUUAAAGUAAGUGAUUUCUGCAAACACCACGUGUUGCACUACAUUCCUGCUACACCUUAUGGAGCCUGACAGUCACCUUUGUCAACUCAAGGCCCACUUGGUAGAUUUUUCCUGGGUUUCAACCGCAUUACACAGGUUUCAUCAGCAGAUGGAGUUGGCUCAGUUGUCACCUGGUCAUGGAGAAGGGUCACGUGACCAAGAGGGAAAUCAUGUGAAUGACCUCAUUGUGUCACCUGAGGAAGACCACAAGAUGUAGCAUUUUGAGAAAGCUAACAAGUGGACCUUGAGUGAAGGUAUUUAUUGUACUGUUUUUAUCAAUGUCUUAAGGACUCAUUCCUCUUUCAUUUAAACUAACUUCCACCAAGCAAUACCAUUUAGGUCCAAAGUCUACCGAGUGUCUCUUUUUGAUUGUGUUGUCCGUUAACGUGUGGAAUCUUAGGUAGGUUAACAGGUGCUACUUCCUCUUUUCUGAGCAUAACAUCAAAAUACCUUUUCUUUAUUUUACGUUGUUAAGGCAUCCUUCCAAAUAUUCACCACGCAGUGAGACGAGGCCUGGUUUACUUUGAACUGUUAUGCAAAUGAAACACUGUUUUCUUGUCAUUAGAUCCAGUUAACUCAGAUGUCACAAAAUUAUCUGUGUACAAUAUGUAUGCCUGUGGUAUGUUUAAAAAAAAAGCGGAAUUGCUGUUAAGUGAAUCGCAUAAAUAGCUUAUAUUGUUGUUUACUGAUAAUUCAUUAAAUGUAUAUUUUUCCAUUUACUUGGGAGACAACAUGAUUUAAAUUUUACUUAUUACGAAAGCUAAAGAAUAAAAAUAUACAGUUUUUCAGAAUGUAUUUCUGCUGGUUUUGGUCAGACGAGUUUCUCAGUCUUCUGAUUGUGUCACUCUCUCACCAUUAAAGUUGUGUCAGUCA